AUGAGACAUUUAAAGAAGUCCUUUAUUAUACUUGGAAUACUGUGGAUGGUAUUUAUAAAUAAAACGAAGUGCAGUGUGUUAAAGAUAAAAGAUAAAAAGCACAACAAUCGAGAUAAAAUAUGCCCAUACAAUACAAAAUUGGGAUCAUGUAAAAAUAGAGUAAAUUCAAGCAUGAAUGCAGUAGCAAGUGAGCCACUACUAGAACAAAAUAAAAAUAGCGAUGAACAUAAUCUAGUGAUCGACAUUAAAAUAGAUCUGGUGCCAUCUACUACUAUUAAUUCUAUUAAUACCAGGCUUGGCCAUAAUUCUAAGAAAAAUUGUAUAUUACGUGAAUAUAAAAAUGAAAAUAAGUAUAAUAUACGAAACUUUACUAGUUAUAUAGAAGAUAUUGAGAAUGUAGUGUUUUUUCGGUCAAAUAAGAAAUGCCCACAAGAUCCAAUAAAAAAAAGAUCAGUGGCUAUAAUUAACAAAUGGAAGAAAAACUCAAAAACAAACAUUUGGUUCAUGGCUCAGAGUUUAACACCUGUUUUUUUUAGAAGAUUUUAUUUUCUUAAUGAUAUAAUUAAAACAAACCCCUCUGAUUUAGGUACUAUAACUAAUCCAUUAUAUUAUGAUGGAUUUCUAGAAGAUUUAGUUAAAUAUAUUAAAAUGCAUGGGCAGAGGGUAUAUACUUAUAAAGAAGCACAAAUUAGAUCUUAUAAAUUUAAAAAAGAAACUCUUGGUGACAUCUGGCUGAAUAAAGAAAUAAAUAUAUACUGCUGCUGCAGUGGUAUAGAUAUGCAAAUGGCUACAAAGGAAACAGAAGAAGGUAUAAAAGAAGAUGAAAAAUUCAAAAAUAAAUUAAAUACAAUUUUUUACAUACCAGAAGUAUACGAAGACUUCUAUAAACUACCAUUAAAGGAAGUUAGUAAAUUUUUCUUUCAUAUUGAAGAAGACUUAAAUAAAACCAUUAAAAUUGUGGAUGCACUAAAUGAUAGGUAUAAAUCUAUAAAAGAGUUACUGGGUCUAAAACCCAUCAUAUUGUAUCUUAUAAGCACAGCACAAAAAGACACUGUGCAAAUAGAGAUAUUCUAUAAUCAAAUUAAAGAAUUAAAAGUUAACUCAGACCACAGUAGGCCUAUAAAUACUUUUAAUUCAAUAGAAAUAUACUAUCUAGUACACAAUGCAGUUUAUAUUUUUUAUAUACAUUAUACGCUAAUGUAUAAAUUAGAUAAAGAAUCAAAACAGGCUAUUAAAAGUAGAACUCCGCUUUUGCAUAUAUAUAGCAUACAUCCAAAUCGAAUGUAUAGCAAAAUAAUGGGAGGUCCUACUACUUUAGUUCCAAGAUAUUUAAAAUUUUCUACCGAGCUAACAAGAGUAAAUAAAAUAGAAAAUGGACAAUUUGACUCAGAUAUUCUAAGACUACACAGAACAAACUACGCUUAUAUUAAAGAAAACAACACAAUCUUAUCUAUUAAAGACCACUAUCACAUACAGUUUGUAGAUAAUGAACGGCAUACGGUUGAGAUGAUUCAUCUUCCAUUAUACUUACACAAAAAAGACAAUGGAGAUUCUUUAGUUUACUUCUUUCAUACAAUUAGGUGCAUAGUGCUUUAUUUAAAGAUGCUAUUUAGAAUUGGAGAAAAUAGAAAACAUGGUAUGGUUGGAAAUAUUUAUCCAUUUAAGUACAAUAGAAAGGACUGUACGUGGUCUUUGAUAACAGAAAACUCUGAUUUAGAUAGAACUGUGCAGAUAAUAGAAGAAGAGAACUGUAAUGUAGUUUUCUACUACAUAAAAGAAAAUAUAUACUUAGAAGAAUUUUGCUUUGCUCAGUUCAUUUAUCCGGAUCACAUACAAGAUGAAGUUAAAGAUGAUAACAUUAACAAGCCAAGAAUACCAUUAUUUCUUUCUAAAUUAAUGGUUUCUGGCGCUUUUUUAGGCCCUUAUGAUGAAUAUAGCCUUAAUUAUGAUGUUUUCAGACUGAUGGAUUAUAAAAACUUAAAGCCAAUAGAGUAUAUACAAACUUAUACAAAAAAUUAUCGCAUUAAACCUUUAUUCGAUAUUGAUGGUUACAAUCACGAAUUAUUGUUGUUAAACAAUCACACAGGAGAAAGCACACUAAAUUAUGCCAUUAAACACUAUUAUAGUGAUUUCUUUAUAAAAAACUCAACAGAUCCGUAUGAGGACUUUCGCUGCUACUACAUGAAUAUUCAACAAAAAAUUAAUAAAGAAACAGGAAAUGUAACAAUUCACUGGAAUGCAAGGGAAUACAGCAGUGUAUAUGAAUAUACAAUAUACAGUUUUGAUAGUGAUAUAAAAGAUGAAAGAGCCCAUAUGAGUGCUGUUAAUCAACCGGCCCACGCCUCUUUUAUUGAUAUGCUGCAGAGAAAGAACCCAUCUCUGGAUAUGGCAAUGUACGGCCACUGUUUUUAUAAAAAUAGUACUGAUGCUGACUAUAACAAUAAUCCUCUGUUUUGUCUUACCAUGAAGGACCUACUAGAAAGACUAAACGCGUAUUUAGUAGAUCUAAAUAAAAAAGACAAAAUAUUGGAUAUAAUAAGCAGAGCAAUUCUAUUUAAUAAGAAAUAUAGCAAAAAGUUCAUUCUAAAAGAUAUUUCUGAAAUGAUUCAAAGCACAAAACUUGAAGAAAUUAAAGAAAGUAAAGAGGGAGUCAUAUCUAUAAGAGAUAACAACUAUAAUGGUUGUAAAUAUGGCAUUCACUAUGAUAUUUUAAAAUUGUUCGCCAAUAAUAAAUAUAUAUCAUCGGAUAUGCGAGUGUUUGACGAAUAUAUGCAUACAAAGUAUAUGGCUUCCUCAUCGGUAUAUGAAGAAGCAAAAUAA